AUGUUUCCAACAAAUUUACCGCAGGUUAUAGAUGUCAAAGACGAGGCAUUCAUUCCCACGUGCAUCGAGGCGCCCUCCUCAAACCCGAUUCUAUGGAUGGUCAUGGGAGCAUCCACUUCACAAAGCAAAGACUCCAUGCCCGUUGCCCGAGUGAGGGCAAUAUCGGAAUUUAGCACAAAAAACGGGCCAUUGAUUGUGUUGGACAAUCAUGAGAUACCGGGGUCCGAGCCCUUGCUUGAAGAACUGCAAGGUAAAAUCUCGAUUGGGGAAGAGGCGUUUUCUACUGCAGCCGAGGCCGUUAAAACGGCCUUGCGUAAUUUGUUGAUUAAAAAACAAUACUCAACCGAGAGGCGCGAGUUGAGAAAGAAAGGAAGAAACGACAAGAAGAAUCAAAUGAUAGAUGAUGAUAUUAUGAUUAAUGCCCUGUUGAGGCUUACAUUCACCAGAAGCUUCAAGACUUCCUCAAGACAAUUUAAUCACAAAAUCAAAACAUAA